AUGAAGAUCGUGGUAGUCAUCAGACGCCAAAGAUACCAUCUCUUCUCAGCGUAUGCUCCACAGACUGGAUGCUCCGAGCAAACCAAGGACACGUUCUGGAACCUGCUCGAUGAAAAGACAGCUGAAGCACCGUUACAAGGAGCCAUAGAUGUCGGAGGUGACCUCAACGGUCACGUGGGCGCUCUACGAAAGACGGUUAUAGCUGCCAUGGGGUUUUGGAUAUGGGUCACGCUGAUGGGGAGCGGAUUCUCGAUUAUGCAGACUCGCAUAAUCUCGCCGUUGUAAACACGAGAUUUCGCGAACGUGACUAUCAUCUCAUCACCUUCUAUAGCGGUGAGUACAGAACACAAAUUGAUUUUGUCCUCGUCAGGCACCGCGAUCAGGGGCUCGUAACAGACGCGAAAACAGUUCCCUAUGAAACGGUCGCAACACAACACCGUCCACUGAUUUGUGGACGGUGUUGUGCUCAAAGAUCACCCCGUUGAAACCGAAAUUAGCAGAAAGGUGUGGGCUAGCGAGAAUCAAGUGGUGGCGACUGAAGGAGAAAGAAGCGGUCGUUGUUCCAGCAUUCUGUUAACAGCGGUAGCGACUGUCGGCGAAAUUUGGAAGGGAGCUGCGGAAGCGAUAACCCGGGUUGCGCGGUCGAGCCUAGGCAUGACCAAGCCUGGACGGCGAAAGCUUGAUAAGCAAAACGGCUGUGGGCGGACCAUGUCAGGGAUAUAG